AUGUCAAACAUCUCAAAUCAUGAAGAGGAAAAAGUUUCAGUGGAACAGCCCUUUAGGUUCAGCGUGCCGUGCUCGGUGCUGCGCUCGGCUCAUCAUGUGACCGUGCGGCUCAGCUCCCCUCAGUGUGUGCUGCCGGGUGCAGAGUGCACACAGCCACACUCUGACAACACACUGACACAUGACGACACCUACAGCCCAGAAGCAAAAUGUUAUCCAGUGGACGCUCUGACCACAGCUGGAGGACUUGACUUUGCUGAUGACCCGGCCCUUCUUUCCCACACUCAGCAACAGAUGAGCAAAAGAGCAACACAGCUGCAGCGAGCUCAGCACGCCUCGGCCUCCACAGCCACAGAGGACGGAGCGAGGUCGUCGAGCUCGGGGCUUUUGAGGAGAACAAGGAACGAUGCCUCCUGGUUCAGCUGGAACGAGCCGUACCCCGGAGCCCCCAGCGGGAACCCGGCCGACGUGGUCACCGACACCCUGAUGUUGGAGUUCAGCUGGCAGCUGAAAGAGGCAGAGAGGCAGCACAGGGAGAGGGAGAACGAGUACCGGCGCCUCAGCGGUGUGGACUACAGCUGGCUGGUCCUCCACGCCCGCACCUCCUACAACAUCAGCACCAUGGGGAGCGUCUGGGGCCUGGAGGACCUCUGCUCCAAGGUGCCACCGUCCUGCUGCGGACGUGGUCAUACUCAAAUGGAUCUUGGAGAAAGAACUUCCCUCAACCCUGAACAACUUGCUGCUAAACCCAAGUUCCGUGAGGCUAUGGAGGCAAAUGAGCCCGAAGUGCAGGAGGUGUACCUGUUCCGCUCUGUGCUCCUGGAGGCUCUGGAUCGCCUGAAGGAGGAGGAGGAGACGCAGCGGCUCGCCCGCCAGUGGAACAGCAAACGUGCCAUGAGCAUGUCCCUCAUAAACUUCAGGUCCCGGGUCAGGAACCCAUUCGGAAGCACAGUCGGGCUGACCUCAGCUGCGGCCGACGGGGCGGCGAUAAAUGACCUCAAGACCGUGUCAAGAGGACGUGGAGAGAGGGAUGAGAGGCAGGAAAGGGCUCAGCGGGUCUGGAGCAUGCCCGAAUUCAGAUACAAAGGAGCAGGCAGCGGUAAGGUCGUCUGAUGUGGAGUCAGCCGCAGGACAGUGAUGAUGGUGCACUCCAGUGAAACACAUCAACUUUACUGUUGAUCACCUGGACCCUCUGCUAUGUCCACUUUGCCCCUGGCGAGGCAGAAUGAAUAUCAGUUUCCUUUAUGAGUGUGACACCUUGUUGAAGGCUUUCAAUAUGAAAUGGUAAAGGCACACCAUGACACGUUUUUUUUUUUAUGUUUUAAAUUCUGAUCAUAAGAUUACCACCACUUGGUAUUAUAGUGCUUACAUUUUUGUCUUCAUUCAUCUAAACAUUGGGGACUAUACCAGCACCCGAGAGGAACCCAUGUAACAUCUCUUUUAAAAUCCUAAUCAAGUAUUUUGGAGAAAAUUGAACUGAAGUAUGAUGGCAGUGUUUUGUCACACACACAGCUGCAUCUCUAUGGCAAUAUAAUUAGGAUGAGAUUUGUAUUGACAUCCUGUUAUUUAUACAAAGAAGAAUGCAUUUUUAAGACAAACUCUUCGAGUCAGUACUCACAUUAUCACCAGACAGAAAUGACUCUCUCCAGAGUGCACCUUGACCCCCAUCCAAAUUACAAACAAGGAUUCUGCACCGACUAUUCAUCAGCCAAGGUCAGAGAGUGCUCUGCCUCCAUGUUCCUCAGCAGCGAGCGGGAGUCACACACAAAGGAAAAGUACCACAAAGGAAUGCUAAUCGAAUGAGCAGAUCUUUCAAGGCUCAACACUUCAAAGUAUUAUUGAACCUUUCCAGGAGUUUAUUCUGUUCAUUUCUUUCUCACAUAUCAAAAAUCAGCAAUAUACAACAGGUUACCCCACCAUACAAAUAAAGCCGUCAACUGGUUUGAUAUUUCAGGACGAGCAGUGUUUGCAUUUUGUAUUUGAACAUAAUUAAAAUAGUUGCUGUUGAUACAUUUAUCGUUACAUAUUUGAAAGAUUGGGGGGAGUGAACAUUAUAGUCACUUACACAAUGUGUAAAUAAGUAGAACAUAAGGUGGAUUGUAAUGAUCAGAUACAAUGCAUCAUUUUGAGCAAUGGCUUUUCAAACUGCCUUAUCAAUAUUUAAGGAAGGAUACUUGAGGAACUGUCAUGUCUGCAGCCAAAUUCAACUGUAGACAAAAAAUGAACAUAACGGUCACUUCCAUAUGGUAUUCAUUAAGCAUAUGGCAAAACAAAACAAAAAACAGACAAAAAAAA